GGCGUUCAGCGCAGCCGCGACACACUCGCCAAGAAGAACUGUAUGACGGGUCGGCGUUCUUCCUGCGCCACCCGGAGCUGUACGCCUUCUGCUGGAGGAGAUGGCGCGGGGCGCGCGAGCCUUUUCCGUGCUGCUGCUGCUGGCCCGGCUGUACCCGUCACCGGUGGAGGGCGCCGACUCACAGUACCCGCUGCGCGCUUUCCUGCCCUCCCUGGAGCGGGCGGCCGCCUCUCCUGUACUGCAGGCCCGCAAACUGGCUGCACGUGCCAUCUGCUCGCUGGUGCCCUACUCGGGAUACCCAGAGGCCACGCUGGCUCUGCUGGACAGCAUUGAACGUGACGGCACACAGCGGCAGAACCAGCUGCAUGGACGGCUGCUGCAGGUCCAGCACAUGCUACGCCACUGCGUCCUGGAAACGUCCAUGUACACGGCUCCUGACCUGCUGCGCUGGCGGCCGGUGGCCGACCGCGCCCUCCUGCUGGCCAGUCUGCUCGGACCCCAGAACCCGUGCGCCGUCACUGCCGCCGCUGCUGCUGACGCGCUGGCAGCCGCCGUAAGGCUCGGAACUCUACUCUCAGCUCCGCCGCCACCGCCGGCAGUGAUAGCCGCUGCCAGCGAGCUACUAACACGUCCUUCAGCGGGUCUGUAUGGCACGGAGACCGCCCGCGUGGCGGCCGUGGGUCUCCUCUGGACGCUAGGUGCCGAACGGAGUGUGGAUGUGGCCCAGCUGGACGGAUACGACGCUCUACAACGUCACCUACAGCUACUGAAGGAGAAACUGAUCCUGGAGGCAGGUGGUGGCGAGCCGACCACCCCGCCGAGCCGGCUGAGUCCGGUGGCUCGGCCGGCGCCUGUACCGGACCUAGGCGUGCAGCCGGAGCGGCCCCCGCAGCCGCAGGAAACCGCUGGCCCGAGCGGAGCCGGGGAGGACGAGUGGCUAGAGGAGACGGCGGCAGCGCUCCUUCGGCGGCUGGCGGACACAUCGCGUCCCCUCCCGGCUCCCUGUCUGCAAACAGUGCUUGCAGUACUAGCCAAGAUGAACGGAGCAGCUGCAAUCUGGGAUAAUACAGUCCUUCAGGUGGUACGGCGAUUGGCGGCAGUCACUGCCGCGGCAGACGCCGAGCAGAAGCCGAGGAGGGAUGAACUGGAUACGAAAGUUGAGCCAGAAGUUGUGAUGGAGAAGGAUAGAGUUACGGUAACGGUAGAGGAGACGGUAAGUGAGGCUGUGACGGCUGAGCUUAACAACACUCAGGGGACUAUGGAAGCUCAGGAGACCGGAUCAAAUGACCCAUCGGCAGCGAAGGACACAGAUCUUGGCCCGCCCACUCCCGAGGUCUCCGCACUAUGCCGGGCAGCUGCGUCUCACGAGCACGUGCGGGCCGACAUGGUACGUCUGGCGGCCGGUGUGUUGGACCGCCUCAGCCCGCAGAUACUGGACGAGAGUGUGGUGCCGGCUGGUUCGGCGGUGCUCGACGACUGGUGCCGACUGGUGCAGCGCUGCUGCUCCGUGGACGGCACCGUAACGCUGCGACAGGCCGCCUGUCACGCCACCGCCUCGGCGCUGCUCUGGCCCACCAGGCAACUGUCAGUGGGCCAGGAGAUGACCCUCUGGCGCUGUCUGAUGACGCUCCUCGCCGAUGACGAGGCCGACGUGCGGGACGCCGCUGCCGAGGUGGUGGACGCCCUGGAUACGGACGAUCACGACCAGGAUAGCUGGGAGGAGGAGAUCGACAGCAUCCUGCACCGUGCGGUGGCCGUGUUCUGCGCGAGGAUGGCGCCCCGGGACCUGAAGCUCACCGUGCUGACUCUGCUCCACUGGAUCUUCACGGACGACGAUGGUGGACAGCUGGGACGGGCGCAGGAGGACGAAGAGCGCGUGUUCGACAAGGGCGAGAUGAACAUUUUCUCCGAGGACGUUCUGCUGGCGCGCGCGGCCACCGGCGCGCUGCUCUCGCUGGUUCCGGAGCUGCCCGAGCAGCCGCUGCUGCUGUCUGUGCGGCAGCUGGAGCCGCUGCCGCUGGUCAGACAGCUGCCGGCAGACUACCAGCUGGAGCUGUCUGACCUGCUGCGUCAGGCGGCGCGCCAGGCGGAGUCGGCGCUGCGCCGUCUGACGCCCGGGCCGCAGGGAGUCGCCCAGCGCGGCCGCGCGCUACUCUGUCUGCGCGCAUUCCGCAGACUCCGGCUGACCGCUGGUCUGCGCGAGUUCUACAUGGAGCCCGAGGUGGACGAACUGUGGCAGAAGAGUGUGGUGCUCGCCCAGAGCGAGCUCUGCUUCCGUCCGCUGUGGAGGGAGGUGCUCGACUCCUGAUGGACCCAGAGCGCCGGCCGGCGAACAGUCCACACGGUACCGUCCUGCGGGGUGGGUGGUUGUCGGUCGCAGUGAACUGCGCGCAGCCGCUACUGGCGUAGUUGCAACACCGGCUAGGCGCUUUUGUCACAUCUCGUCUGAUUGCAGCCAGGGUGAGAAGAUCUUAUGCUGCAGCGUGCGCUGGACUGAUGGGAUAUUGCAGGGCGUGUGGCCUUUGCUGUGGAGGCUGCCGGACUGUAGUUGCCCAAUUUGCAAUGUCAUGGUGGCUUUACACGGUAGGUUUGCGCACUCUGCUAUAUACUUGUCAGCUACAAGUGAGAAACUAGGUCCACGUCUUUCGAGUUCAUCUGUUAUUUGUUAAAUAGUAACAUCCGACGUUACCCUGGGAGUAAACAUGAUAUUUUAUUUUUUAGAACAAAACCAACUGCGCAGCUUCUGCCUUGUUAAGUGUAAGGCGAUAGACAAAAUAUGCCCUGGAUUGAUAGCCUACCUUCCCAGGAACCAAACGCGUGUCUGCGAAUGAUUUGCUCUAUCGUAGCUACCCUUCUCAGUGGGACGCAGUCACGCGGUUCCGAGUUUUGGGACAUGACUUUCUCAGUAGAUUUAACUCGGUCUGUACUUGGAGUGACGAGCAAUAUAUCCCGUACCUAUUACGGAUAACCACCGUACCGUAGCGCGCAAGACGGCAAAGCCAGUUUUUGGUGGUGCUUUCUUGCUACUGUGAGCUGUGCCAUGCCUAAGUUUCCUAGCUGUGUAUCGGAUAUUUAUAUAAAAAAGACAUUGC